GCCAGGUGAGUCAGCCGUUCAUCAUCGCGGCUCACGGCCGCUCCAUACUUUUCCAGGCGUAUGCCCCCUUCGUUGGAGAUAGAUGUCCGGCAUUCUACUAUUACCCCAUAGACUAUUUCCUCUACACAGCCUCUGGCUCAGAGAAGUCUCCUUGUCUCAUGCGACUCCCGCCUUGCUUCGAUGGUGGGGACAAGAACCCGGACGUGGAUUUGUACUUCCACCCGUACCGUCUCCAGCAGCUGCGAUCUAUGUGGCGUGAUGACAUUGGCCUCCUCUUUGCCGUGGCAAGGGGGAGUUCGUGGUGGCGCAGCUCACAUUUGGCGGCCAGCUCUGCGUGCUACACCGUAAACCUGGGGAGGAGGAGGGCGACAUGAAUUGGAGCGUUGAAAAUAUGCCCUUACCUGACGGCGAUGACAUCCCAAACCUGCUGUGUGGUUCGUGGCAAACGGACGCCGUCGUCCCCUAUGGUGGUUGUUACCUGUGCUGGGCGGAUUGCUACCUGGGCUUGCUUUUUGUCGGUGUCAUUGACAAGCGGACGAAGCCCCCGUGCUACGUCCCCUUACCUGAUGGUCUGGAUUCCAAUCGUCUGUGCAUUGACCCAGGGUAUCCUGACCCGGCCCGUCGUGUCUGUGUCUCUGAGUCCGGCUUGAUUAACCUCAUAUGUGUUGGUGAUCGUGCUGGCUGCAGUGUGUGUGCCAGUUCUUAUUCUGCUUUCACUAUCACAGUAUGGACUUUCACCAACUUAAGGGAAAAGAAAUGGAUGAAAUGUUUCACCAUGGAAGACAGCAAGUUCUGGGCUGCUCUUGAUUUUGACAAGCGUCUUCCGCAUGUGCUACCAGAGUUCCCUACCAUCAGCUUGGUUAAGCCUGAUGUUGUUUCCUUCCGGUUGAAUGGUGGUAAUAAACUUUUCUGGCUGAUUGAGAUUGACAUGAAGAAGGAAGUGCUGGGGUCAACCAGUCUCUACAUCUUUGAAGAAGAAGAAGAAGAAGAGAAAUGCUCCACUGACAUGGCCCACUGGAGAUCAUUUCCUGGCUACUUCUUUGUUCCCAGCCCGUUCACCCGAUACUUGGACCAGCAUGCCAUCAGAAGUCUGGAACUCAGCGAGAAGUUACAGAAUAUAAGACUUGAGCAAGCUAAAGAAAAGAGAUUUGUUGAAGAGUGAAGAGCUUAUGCUAGGAAUUGUUCGGCAGAUAGAAGAAACCAGGAAUACUUUUUAGGGCACCGCUAGGAAUCAGACUACUGAUAGUCUACUUCCUAUCAGACCAGUCGGUAGCCAUUAGACUAAAGAGACAAUAUCAGGUGAAAAUCCCUUCUUCAGUGGAAGCUUGGAAACUUGAGCGCUGGCCGUUGGAUCCUAUAUGCAUGGACUAGAUCCACACAUUACUGCUACUUAGUAUUUGCAUUAGAACGCCCGCUGGCAGCGCUGCUAUUUUGCAAAUAGCCCCUCAGUGUUAGUAGAAUUAGAACUCUAUCCAACAAAACUCUGCCCAGACAAGAGAAGUAUGUACAGGAAUGGAUACUGCAAACAGAACACUUGCAGUUCUAUCAAAAUCUUGGGCGACUAAGGCACGUUCAAGUACAGAGGCAGUAAAAGGGAUCAUCAUAAGACAAAUCUGGGGCGUCCAAAUAUGCAGGCACUUGCAGUCUCUACUAGCCAAAUUAGCAUAACUAAGAUCCAUCAGUUUAACAACCACCACUUGCCUCUCGCUGUAGGUUAGGUCUUUUUUCAUGACGAUGAACAACCUCUCUGGUUUCAGUGCAUUCUCCUCGAUGAACUGAAGGAAAUCAAACUCGUUAUGAUUCCUUGUUGCUCACACAAAGACAAGACUUGAUGUGUGACGGGACAGACUCAAUAUGAAUGUUCUCCUGCCAUAACUUGAGACUAAGGUUGCUAGCGGAUUGACAUGGUUGGCCAGACAGUCGCCGGAGAGGAAUCACCCACAUCGCUCGCUGGUCCUGCACGGAACGAAGGUUCGUGCUGUAGGAAAGCACCAUCUCCCCACAACUCUCCUAAUCCUAGCUGUUAAUGGGGAAGAAAUUUGAAUCGGGAUUGGCUGGCUCCAUAGGAAAAGGAACGGGAUGGCUCAGCCUCCAUUGGGGAUAUUUCUGUACCGAUGUACAGGAUUGUUGUCAGGUUCUAUUUGCAAUCUGUACAACUUUUCAUCUCAGAACGCACAUUCCCUAUCCAACGGCACAAGAUCAGGUUUCCGUGCUUUCACUGAAUGUAUGGUUUUCACUAGA